AUUUUUUUUAGCAAAAAUAAUUGCAUUAAGAAAACAAUGACUCCAAAUGCAAAACAUAACAUGUCGUGAGGAUUAUAUCUAGUUUGAAUCUAAUCGAGAAAUCGCAGAAAAAGAAAACGAUAACCUCAUCAACCAAGAACAAACACAAGCUUCUCUCCCACCGCCUCACCACCACCGUGCCGGAGUUGUAGGGCUACCGUCGUAUUGUUUUUCUUCAAGAGUUGAAUGAACCUGUUGGAUUCAUAUAGUGUCCCCUGUUUUUACGGACUACCUCACAUCCAGCUAGUUUGUGUUAUCACUGCCAUGAUGAUUUACUGCAUAGUUAACAUCUAAUCAUAGAGAACAACAUAAAAUCUUUGAAGAAAUCUGAAAUUCUGGAAACUGGAGAUUUGAACUUGUUCGGGAAUUACAUUGAAAUCUUAAGAUGCCGGCUACAGCAGGUAGGGUUCGCAUGCCUGCGAACAACAGGGUUCACAGUAGUGCAGCCCUUCAAACCCAUGGCAUAUGGCAGAGUGCCAUUGGCUAUGACCCUUAUGCACCCAAUAAGGAAGACAAGGAUUCUUCUCAAAGUCGGCCAAAUGCGGAACCCGAUGCUGAGAAUGCAUAUGCCAGCUUCCAAGGGCUUCUACAGCUUGCUAAGAUUACUAAUGCUGAUGUGGAUGUGUCCCGUGGAGCUUGCAAGAAGUGUGGCCGUGUUGGGCACCUCAAGUUUCAGUGCAAAAACUAUGUGAAAAUCAAAGAUGACAAGGAGGAGAAGGAUCCUGAAGCAAUGCAGCCUCUGGGGUUGGUUGGCAUGGAUAAGUUGAAGGGGAAGGCUGAGAAGGUGGAUAGGAGAAGCAAUGUUGAGAGCUCAGAAGAGGAGGAGGAUAGUGAGAGUUCAGAUUCUGAGAUUGACUCAGAGAUUGAGAGAGCUAUUGCUGCAAGGACUGGGAAGAAAGUUAGUGGGAAGGGAGGUUCUUAUAGAAAGAAAGAGGAUUCAGAUGAAGAUGAGUCAGAGAAAGAGUCUAGCAAAAAGAGGAAAAAGAGAGGUAGGGCGAAGAAGAGGAGUGUUAAGAGGGAGGUUAGUGAUUCAGAUGAUUCUAGUGAAAGGAGGAGGAGGAAGAAAAGGAGGGAGCACAGGAGGAGGAGGAGGGACAAGUCUCCAGAUGAUAGUGAUGAUGGAUAUAGGCACAAGAAAAGGAAGAGUAGGAAAGAGAAGAGGAGAAGGAGAAGUCGUCUAUCAGAUUCUGAUUCUGAAACAUCUGACGAUUCCACUUCGCGGCACAAGCGGAAAAGCAAGAGAACAUCAUCAUCAACUGACACUGAUUCAAGUGAUGGAUAUAAUGAUUCAAGGAUGGGUAGGGAUGUCAAAAAAUCUGAAAAGAGGAGGAGACGCCACCAUGGAGAUGAUGAUUAGAGGGCAAUGCAGUAGUCAAUUUUAUGUCCUUUGAUGAUGAUUCUGAACUCUUAUGUAUCAUACACCUCUCUAUAUGCUUGUUCAGAUAAUGUACCUGGUUUUGGUUGAGCUUCAGUAUCUGGUUAUCAGUCUGACUUGAUAUUAUUGAUUUUACUAAACUUAUUUAUUAUAAUUGGACAUAUUGAUGGUUGUUUUGCUUUUGCAUGAGCUUUAAA